GUUUGGGUAAUAUGACCAAUAUUCGUGUUAUAUCACAAUCAGAUAUUAGCCGUAUAUUAAGUCAAGGCAAUACAGAAGUAGCAAAUGAAAUUGUAGACAUUAUGGCAAAGACAUUUCGUCAAUUUACAGAAGGACAAAAUGACAAAGCAAACGAAAAUGAGCGAUUAGCAUCACAAUCACCUCAACGUAUAGGGAUUUCUACCGAGGCUUUUCAAGUUUUAUUCAUGCCUUCUCGUUUAGAUCAUACAACUUCAAUCAAGGUUGUUAGUGUACCAACAAAAGAGGGUUUAUCGGGUUUACCGGCCACAAUUCUUGUUAUAGAUGAAACAACAGGUUCAACUGAGGCUGUUAUGAACGCAACUUCAUUAACAGCCAUCAGAACAGCAGCAGGAUCUGGAUUAGCUACGCGUUAUUUUGCUCAUCCUGAGGCUAAAAAUUUAGUAGUAUUAGGUGCGGGUGCACAGGCGAAAGCUCAUAUAGAUAUAAUGAUUUCCAUCCGACCUAGUAUUGAGCGUAUCUCUAUUUGGAAUAGAAGUGAACAACGUCGAUUGGAAUUAAUCAAGGAACUUCAACAAAUCUAUCCUACUCGUACAUUUGUGAGUGCUGUUGGUGAUGAUAAUAGUAGCCAUCAUGAUGUCAAUGCAUUUUUAUUGGAGGAAGAAGUUCGAAAGGCAGAUAUUAUUUGUACCUGUACAAACGCGACUGAUCCUAUUCUAGUUGGUCAAUGGUUAAAGCCUGGUGUUCAUUUAAAUUGUAUAGGUUCUUAUCGAUUGGAUAUGCACGAAAUUGAUUCAGACACAGUUAAACGUGCUGAACUGAUUAUUGUUGACUCUAUAAAAGCCUGUUCUCAUGAAGCAGGUGAGCUGGUAGCAUCAUCUAAACCUGAAGAUUGGCUCGAAAUUGGUCAAUAUAUGAUUGACAAUGAAGAAAUAGAAACAAAAUAUAAUGAAAAAAUCACUCUAUUCAAGAGUGUUGGUAUUAGUGUUCAAGACAGUGCCAUAGCUGGACUAAUAGUCAAACAUGCGAAAAAAGAAAAGCUCGGAACAAUUGUUCCUUUUUAGAUUUUAUAUUCUUUAAACAUAGUUUAUUUAUAAUAAAAUAUUCAAUGAAAAAAAAACAAAAUAAAAAAAAAGACAAGCCAAAGAUAUCAAAAUGGCAUACC